AGUUCAAAGGUUAAACACUCCCACUGACAAACCGGAAUGCGAAAAUAGAACGCGUGUGAAUGUUGUGACUGCGCUGUCCAAACGCGUGUUUUACUGUAUUUUAACUUAAUUUAUAAGAGAAAAUUAUGUUUAUUGUUCGUAAUAAACUUUAUUUCUCAUUUAAAGCUACAAUAGGGAGAUUUAUGUUGGGCAUUGGAUCGUUCGCGCUUUUCCAAAACCUGCUAACAUCAUGUCAUGAAUGCCUGACUCGGAAUUGUUGACAGAUUUAAUGUAACGUUAAUAUAAUAUUACAUAAUCAUGCAUAGUGAAAAUGUCAUGGACUUGUUUAAUCGAGGAACGACAGUCAAAGUUUGUGCUCCUAUGGUCCGCUACUCAAAGUUGGCCUUUAGAUCUUUGGUGAGGAAAUAUGACUGUGAUUUAUGUUUCACCCCCAUGAUCAUUGCAGAAGACUUCAUGCGCUCUGCGAAAGCCAGAGACAGUGAAUUUACCACCAACAAGAAUGAUCGACCCUUAAUUGUUCAGUUUGCUGCCAAGAAUGCACAAACACUGGCAGACGCGGCGUGUGUGGUGUCGCCUUUCUCAGACGGAGUAGAUCUCAACUGUGGCUGCCCACAAAGGUGGGCUGUAUCUGAAGGUUACGGAGCGUGUCUGAUCAACAAACCUGAGCUUGUCAGAGAUAUGGUGCGACAUGUACGAAACCAAAUAGACAAUCCCAACUAUGCAGUGUCGAUUAAAAUAAGAAUUCAUAAAGAUCUCAGGAAGACAGUGGAUCUCUGUCAGAAGGUGGAGGCAGCAGGUGUAUCGUGGAUUACGGUCCACGGUCGUACAGCUGACGAGAGACACCAACCCGUUCACUAUGAUGCCAUAAAGACCAUCAAGAGCAGUCUGUCCAUUCCAGUCAUCGCCAACGGUGACAUCAAGAACAUGCAGGACGUGGAGUCCAUCCGUGACCUCACAGGCGUGGAUGGUGCGUACGACAAGAUGACAUUGCAGUGGACUGCUGUCGCUUCUUUCCUCUAUGUUGAGAUCGCUGUUUUACUCAUCUUCUGUUUGCCCUUCAUCUCCCCUCGAAGAUGGCAGAGGAUUUUCAGGUGGAACAUCUGGAAUUGUCUUUCCCAGUACUCAAAUAAAGGAUUUCUCGCCAUGAUGAUAAUCCUCGUUGUUCUUUUUCUCGAUGCCCUUCGAGAGGUGAGAAAAUAUUCCAGUCCUGAUCAGACCAAAGAUGCCAAAAUGCACCCAAACACCUUUGAUCACGUGCACAUGAAGCUCUUCCGAUCCCAGAGGAAUCUUUACAUCUCGGGUUUUUCCCUUUUCCUGUGGCUUGUCUUGAGGCGUGUUACAACUCUUAUCAACCAGUUGGCCUCGGCCGAAGGCACCAGCACCGCCCUUCAGACUCAGGUUGAAAAUGUAAACCAGGCUGCCAAGAAAUACAUGGAGGAUAAUGAGCUGCUCAAACAGGCACUUAAAGAAGCAGAAGGUGAAGCAAAAGGAAAGACGGGAGACUCAGAAGAGACUAAAGUCCUGGAGACCGAGCUGAAUAACCUGACAGGACAGCUGCAGAUCUGCACAGAUGCCCUGAAGAAAUCAGAGUCAGAAUUAGACGCCAUGAGGAAACAAACUGAAGGAGUCACCAAAGAAUACGACCGGCUGCUUCUGGAACAUCAAAAACUUCAGAAUCAGGUGGACAGUGGAGACAAAAAAGAUAACUAGACCAGUCGACUCACUAUUACUCACCUGUACAAAAAAGUGCUGGAUGAACGGCGUAUCUGGCAUUUACAUGCAAUGAAAGCACAGGUUAUGUUAUGAGUUCUCAGGUCUGAACCCUUCACUUCCUGUAUUUUUCUGGCUUUUAUAAAUAUUUUUUUCUUUGGGUCUGGCGAUGCAGAACUGUAUUUGAGAUAAGGAGUUAUAGGAAUAGUCUACUCAUUUUCAAUAUUAAAAUAUGUUAUUACCUUAACUAAGAAGAGUUGAUACAUCCCUCUAUCAUCUGUGUGCGUGCACGUAAGCGCUGGAGCGUGCUGCGACGCUUCGAUAGCAUUUAGCUUAGCCCCAUUCAUUCAAUGGUAUCAAACAGAGAUAAAGUUAGAAGUGACCAAACACAUCAACGUUUUUCCUAUUUAAGACGAGUAGUUAUACGAGCAAGUUUGGUGGUACAAAAUAAAACGUAGCGCUUUUCUAAGCGGAUUUAAAAGAGGAACUAUAUUUUAUGGCGUAAUAGCACUUUUGGGAGUGCUUCGACUCGCCUGAAAAGUCCGCUCCCCUUCUCACUCUCAUAAUGGGAGAGGGAGGGUGUUACUGCGCCGAGUCGAAGUACUCCCAAAAGUGCUAUUAUGCCAUAAAAUGUAGCUCCUCUUUUAAAUCCGCUUAGAAAAGCGCUACGUUUUAUUUUGUACCACCAAACUUGCUCGUAUAACUACUCGUCUUAAAUAGGAAAAACGUUGAUGUGUUUGGUCACUUCUAACUUUAUCUCUAAAUGGUACCAUUGAAUGAAUGGGGCUAAGCUAAAUGCUAUCGAAGCGUCGCAGCGCGCUCCAGCGCUUACGUGCACGCACACAGAUGAUAGAGGGAUGUAUCAACAAUUCUUAGUUAAGGUUAUAACAUAUUUUAAUAUUGAAAAUGAGUAGACUAUUCCUUUAAGACAGUAAUCUGUCGGCUGUCUGCAAAUUCAGUGUCUGCUCAGAGUGUUCAUGAUGGUUUUAGGUUAUUGAAAGAUGCUUGCAUGCUGCAUUGGUUUAACUUGUGUCAUUUUUUUCUGUGAAUGAUUUGUUUGGUGAACAACACAUGCCAUUUAGAAACAUAACACAAACACAUUUGAGUCAGGGUAACACUUGUAGCUGUGUGAUACUGCUUUAUACCAUGAAGAACUUUGACUAUAUUUAAACUAUAUCAUUUCUAUUCAUAUCACCUUUCUAAAGAAAGAUCUCUGAUGCACAUCUGUUCUUAUGUAAUCCAUCUGGUUGCAUAAGGAAUCUAAAAUCACAUACAAGCUACAUCAGUCAUUGAGUCAUUUUCAUUGAGAAAACAGAUGAACAAUGGGUAAUACAGCAGAUAAACACAUCACAUUGAGACUCUUUUGAGCUGUACGACAGUACGACAGUAACAAAUUCUGACACCAGAACUGUCCAAUAUAGUGAGAUGUAUUAAACGCAUGAUAGUUUCUUACUGUAAGAUCAUUUGAGGUAGCUCUAUUUCUGUGCUAUUGAUCCAUAAACUUCCACCUGAGGACAACAUUGUUGUAUGAAUCUUAUGAACACUGUCAAGGAAACAUGCCUGUAUCAGAUUUCACCCCAAAACAAAAAAAUUAGCAUUGUUUUCCCCAUAACAAACAUUGCUUAAUGUGGUUGUUGUGAAAAAAAAUCACAGUUGAUCCUUAAAAAAGAAACCAUUUUUUUUUUUAAAUCAUUUUUUAUUUAUUUUGGGUGUAAUGUGGACAGGUUUUCCUGACCUCCACCAUGUUGCUGGAUAUUUUUUUGACAAGUCACUGACAAGCAAUAAAAAACAUAUGACUCAGAUUAGACUAAAAGAUUUGACGUGUGCUGUAGGUUUGUUUAUCUGUCUGUGGAAAUGCAGGAUUUAUUUUUGUAUGCUAAGAAUAAGCCAUAACCAGCUUUCUAGCGGUUUAAUAUUCUGAUCUAUUUAAGACUCUUCCACACCCUCUUCCUCUUCUUCAUCUGUCUGUCAGACGACAUGAAAAACUCUCUGAUAGUCUGAACUGAGCAGCACUUAAUAGCAGAAGAGAUGGGAAAAUGAUGAAGAAAAAUGAAAAGUUAAAACUAAAUUGACUUUCUUGCCAUUGCUAUGCAACUUUGUUAGUUAUACAGUAAAGUCUUUCAUUAGCUAAUUUCUAAUAAGUUGAUGUUUACUUUAAAAUGUGCUGAAUUGUCUUAAAACAAUAAAGAGGGGAAUGUUUGUCUUUCCUGUUUAUUGUAACAUUGGCCGAAAAUGAAAUGUGAUGAGGGUUAUUUUAUGGGUGUGAAGCGUUUGCUGUUUUAAGUGCCUCAGAUGAACGGCGAGUUGUUUACGUUAAGCUGUGAUUGUAUUUGCAACGUUCAUCACUUUGUCUUCACAAAUAAAAUUAUACUGCUGCCAUUUGAA